AUGGAAAAUUUAAGCCUUGACAACGAGGGCACUAUCUCAUCUUGUGAAUGGGACACUACACCACGAGUACCUUCUUCGAUUGGAGGAACAUCGCCGUCGCAAUUUUCGUACCGCUCAUCACCACGUUCACCUUCACUUCCCCGGGGUACAUCGCCAACGUAUUCACCAGGAUCGUCCAGACCUACUUCCCCGCUAUACUCCGAAGCGGAUGACGAUGAGGUUCGUGAAGUCUCAUCCGACGACGAAGCUCCUGAAGAACCACUGGUGCCGAUCGCAAACAUCGAAGUUCAUCCACUUCCAGUUGUACUACCAGCACAACCAUCUGUACCAGCACAACCGGCUGUUCCAGUACAACCGGCUGUUCCAGCACAACCGGCUGUUCCAGCAAAACCGGCUGUACCAGUGCAAGUGGCUGUACCACCACAUCCAGCUGUAUUUCAGAAAAUUCAGCUAUCAUCACCGGUACGUAACCUGUGUGCGGUUUGUAAGGAAACUGAUGCAUUCACGAACGUUGUCUACGUUAAGUGUAGACACAUAAUCUGUCUUUUACUGUCAUCUCUAGAAAUUCCUGGUGACUGUAACAAUGUUGGAACAUCUGCAGCAGAAAAAGCAUAA